AUGGCCGCAUCCAAAAAAGAGCUGAAAGAGAAGUUGAAGGCCUUGCUGGAGGAUGGGCAGCCGAGCUCCAGGUUGUCCCCGUCGUUGCUUGACCGUGGCUUCGCACUAGAUUUCUGCCAGGAGGAGGCCCGCUUGAAGCACCGAAUUCUGAAGAUAAAGCAGCAGCGAAGGAAGGCCCAACAGCUCUCCUGUUUCCGUAUCUUUGACAUCUUUUUUGUCUUUCUGCGCAGAGCAACCAGCCUGCAAGGCCGGGUGGCCCGCGAGGUGAAGUCUUGGGUGUAUGAGGCGGCCAAGCCAGCUUAUCUCGUGGUCGAGGGCGUGCAAGAAACCAUGGCGUCGUGGUGCUGUUGCAGCGGUUGGCUGCUGGUGGACACACACGAGGUGCAGAUUUGA